AUGGUGCUGUUUGGCACAAUUAAGCUAACUAACACAUACGGUGUGUGCCGAGGCCCUGUCACCAACGGCCUCAAGAUUGAAACUCUCAGUAACUUGACACUCGAGACCAUUUUCUUCAACUUGUGUAAAGCUUGUCAGAUCAAGAGCAUGGCUUCAAUCCCACCUUCCGCGUUCUCCGCUGGUCGCAUCCGCGACACACAGCGCGAUAUGAAGAUAUCAAAGGAGUUUACAGGAAAUCAAUCCACCAAGUUCUUUAACACUACACUGAUGGAACUGACUCCACUGAAAUACAAUAGCAAGCUAAUGACCAGCAUCUGGGGCGACUACAACCGCUACUCGCCGCACAACGUGAAGAAGAUCAAUGAUGCUAACACAUCCAAUGUGGAGUUGCAGCAAUCCGCUGCUAACUCCAACAACAAGAACGAUUCUCCGAUAACUCUGCUUUCUACCAAACUGAACAAUAUUUGGACAGCUAUAAACAUUUCAAAACACUAA